UAGAGACACGGCAACAGAGAGGGCGAAUGCGAUUAGGGUUUGAUAAACUCGACGGCUAUGAUGGUUAUGGAAGAUUGGGAUCCGGGGAUUACAGUGGUGAGAUCUUCAGAUACUGAUGAAAAUCAAGGCGAAGAUUUCUGGGUCGGGAGAUGGGGAUAUUUUUUCAUAUCACAAAGGAUUCGAUUUGGGGGCAAGCGGAUAUUAUGAUGGGUUAAGGAAAUUCUGGAAACAAGAUCUUUCAACGCGAUCUUGGCUCUCAUCAAAGCCCGAGUGCAGAAAGAAGAAGGGUCAGGUACUUGGUAGUUUGGGAGUCACAAAGACUAGAGAGGGGAUGCGUAAACGGUUGAAGAUCUCAGUGCCUCACUUUGACAACUCGGCACUGAUCAAGACAUUUUCCAAAACAUUAAUUGGGAGGUGUAUGAAUCCUGAGGCGCAAGAUAUGAAGGCGCUAUUGGGUAACCUUCCAAAGAUCUGGAAGGUGGAAGACAGGGUAACGGGUACGGAUCUGGGUUUUGGAAAGUUUCAGUUCGAUUUUGAGGUGGAAGAGGACAUUGAGACGAUUCUGAAGCUGCAACCUUUUCAUUUUGAUUACUUGAUGUUGGCUAUUGAGCGUUGGCAGCCAAAAACAUCUCAGACGUAUCCAUCGUAGAUCCCGUUUUGGGUAAGGUUCUUGGGUAUCCCAUCGCAGUUCAGGACAGAACCCACACUACGAAGCAUUGGCGAUGCUCUUGGUAGACUGGUGGAUGUGGAUCUUGAUCACACAAGAGUUCUUGUGAUCGUUGAUGGCUUCAAAGAGUUGUGCUUUGACACAACAAUCAACUUCAAGGGGGGUCAGUUUUAUGAGGAAGAGGAGGUUACGGUGGCGUUGAGGUAUGAAAAGCUGUUUUGUUUUUGUCAACUAUGUGCAAGUCUCUGUCACAAGGACGAGAAGUGCCCCUUAGACAAGAGGAACCAGGCUCAAACUCAAGUGCAAAAGCGUGAGGCAAGUAAUGGAGGUUGGCAAGAUGUUGGCAAGCACGAGGACAGAGCUAGAAGUUAUAAGGGAGUGGUUAUAAAUGGCAAUGGAGCUCAUCAGGGUAAGGAGAGAGAUGGUAGAGACUACUAUGGCAAGGGUAAGGGAGAAAGUAAGUGGGGGAGCAGAGACUAAAUGGAUGCAAAAAGGAGAGUAAAGCAACAAGAGAGGCUAUAGUAACCGGGGAUAUGCUAGAGGGGAGGAUGAAACCUCUCGCUACAGGUCAGACCAGAAGGGAGCAAUGCGUCAAAGUGGGAACAAGGGAGUUUCAGCGAGUGGGCAGAGGACAGAGGAUACUCAGGUCAAUGGUGGCGAAGGUCAGAACUUUCGUGAGGAAGGAGAGAUAGUGACUACUGAGGAGCAGGGAACGCUGUGUGCUUCCAAGGAUUUCAAGAGGAGCUCUUCAAGACUCAGAGAGAGGGCUCAGAGGUGGUAUCUGAUCUUGUUGCUGUGCUUGAGGGUACUCAAUUAGUGCAAAACUUGGUGGACAAGCAAGCAGAUCUCUCGGAGAAAGAGGUUAUGGAGUGGAAUGAGAUAAAGUCUACCUUGAUGGAGAAUGGAAUUAAUUUGGAUGCAGCAGAAGAUAGCAAGGAGAUGGCAGAAGGAGAGCAAGAGGAUUUCAACAUGGACAUGGUGGAGUCAGAGAUGCGAGCCUUCUCUCCAGGAAACGAUAUACCAGAGGCGGAUAUGGAACAGGAGACUAGUGCAGUGGAAGUAGAGCCGGCGGUAAAGGAAACAGGGAAGAGACAAGGGGCUCGAAAGAAGGUAUUCAAGGGGAUGAUAAGUACAGCGGGGAGCAACAAAAUGAGGCUAGCCUCAGCGUUGGCAUCACCAAGGAAACGUGAGGCAUCCAAGGCAGCUUCUCGUCAUGGGGAAAAUGCUAAACAAGAGGAGAGUAAGGAGACAUCAAUCCCGAAAUCUGAUCAGGUCAAGAAGUAGUUUAUGUAUUACGAAGUAUGGAUCAGAAUUGUGCAAGGAGGGCAUGAUGGUUAUGUUUUUUUUCUGUUUCUCAAUAAGCUCCAUGAGCGUUUGUUUUCUAUUUGAUUUUAAUAUUUUUUCUGUUAUAUGGGUGAUAGUAUAUCACUGGCUCUCAGUUGAUGAUUUUCUCACUGAAGCUUGGAAUAAUAAUGGAUGUUUGAGUU